CAGGAUUUCCAAUUUCUAAGAGGUUCCAAGCCACAAUCAAACUCUUUAGUUUUGUUUUGCUUUUGAAAUUUAUCGGUUAGGCACAUCUAAAGCAUGGACCAUGGUCUCAUGGGCAACUUGUUUGUAAAUGUUUUAUUUUUCUGUCAUUUCUGUCUCUUUCCCCUGUCUUGUCCCCCAAAGAUCUACAUAACACCCAAACAACGACCAAAAAGGAAAACACCAUUGCUCCGAUUCGACAUAAUAAGAAAUCAUGUCUGAAUACGAUUCCGGAGACGAUUUAUUAGGUGAUGUCAGUGCGGACACACUGAAGCUCGGCGCGAAGCGUUCGCGUUCGGGCUCUGCCGACGACUCACAAAAGCAGAGUCGCAACACGAAGAUCAGUAAACGAUCUAAAGUCGAAGAUGUAGAGCAAGACAACAAGAAGAAUGAUGAACUCCUAGGCAAAUUUUCUCAGGAUAUCCUGAAGGAGAGCUUCGGAUAUGACGGUUUCCGUCAUGAACAAUUCGCCGCCAUCAAGACGACCUUGCGAGGAGAGAAUGCUCUUGUUGUCUUUCCCACUGGAGCUGGUAAAUCCCUAUGUUACCAAAUCCCCGCCGUCGCAUUCGAGAAAUUGGAUGCUCUAAACGAUGAUACAGCUCAAGCCAAGCCGGGUAUAACUAUCGUCGUCUCUCCCCUUAUCGCGCUUAUGAAAGACCAAGUGGACACCUUACUACGUAAAGGUGUUGCCGCCGCCUGUCUUGAUUCGACCAAGACAUGGGAGCAAAUUCAACAGAUCAGCUCCGGUAUAAGAGAGGGGCAGUUGAGAUUGCUUUACUGUGCGCCCGAGAGGCUCAACAACGAGGGCUUUGUCGAAAGCAUGAAACACGUCCCGGGAGGCGCCCGACUAGUGGCCGUUGACGAAGCCCACUGUAUCUCAGAAUGGGGCCAUUCUUUUCGACCUGAUUACCUCAAAGUAGCCCGCUUUGUCGAUGAGAUCCAAGCUCGAAAUGUUGUCUGUCUCACAGCUACAGCUACGCCUCGUGUCGCCGACGAUAUCGCAGCUGCCUUCAAUAUCAAGAAGACCAAUGUAUUUCGUACUUCUCCUUACAGGCCCAACCUGCAACUAUUAGCCGAAUCAGUUAAGACGAAGCAAGAUAAGUACCCGAGGAUGUUCGAAUUCUUACGAGAACACCCCGGACCUAGUCUUGUCUACGUAACUCUUCAUAAACAAGCCGAAAUGCUCGCCGCCGACCUGGGAGGGGAAGGCUUUGAUGCUGUUGCAUUCCAUGCAGGUCUAAAGACGGAAGUGAAGACUCGUAUCCAGGAUGACUUCAUGGCUGGUAAGGUCCGAAUUGUGGUGGCUACAAUUGCCUUUGGGAUGGGAAUUGAUAAACCUGACAUACGCAACGUCCUACACUUCGAUCUUUCCGGCACAAUAGAGGAAUAUUCUCAACAAGUCGGACGUGCUGGAAGAGACGGGGAACCCAGUCACUGUAUGUUCUAUAUUUGCCCGGAGGAUUUCUACCUUAGGGAGAACUUCGCUCGAGGUGACCUACCUUCACGACAAUCACUACGCCGACUACUAGGCGACCUAUUCCAUCGGAAAGCCGUUUCGGCGCCGGAAGGUAGGGUCGUCAAGCUUAACCAGACAGCUCUCGGCCGGGAGUACGAUAUUCGAGCGAGCCCCCUUAGCAUCUUGCUAGCGACACUGGAAUUGCGGUUUGGCCUGAUCAGAGCCAUCACACCAGAGUACACUUCAUAUCAGUUUGAAGCAAGACGUGAAUAUUAUAGCUCGGUUGACUCAUCGCAAGAAGGCAAAGCCAUCCGAAACCAUGCGAUCAAGGCCGUAAAGUUGUAUAACAUCGACGUAAAUACCGCCGCCGAAUUAGCCGGGCUUCUUCGUGUAGACAUAAUCAGGAAGCUCAAUGAACUCAACGACCGAGGUAUUAUCAUGCUUAAGGCCAGCGGUGUCGAGAACCGAUACAAGAUUCUCGGCAAGCUUCCUAGCACCCCGGAAGAAAUCGAAGCUGUGACGGAUAAGCUCUACGUUGAUAUGGAGGCUCGCGAGGAAGACGCUAUGCGACGCACACAGCAAGUAGUAGACCUGGUUACCGGUGAUACCUGUUUCGCUUUAGCUUUAGCCCAACACUUUGGUAUGGGAUUGCCGGACGGAAAGACCGCAUGCGGCCACUGUACUCAUUGUCUAACGGGAAAACGAGUUAUAAUGGAGCCCAAGCUCACUCCGCCUGUUGAUAUUGCCGGUAUUAAGCAGAUCCUUGCCCUUUGCACUGUACGAGAUGACCCGAGAUUCUUAGCCCGUGUUGCUUUUGGAAUCAGGAGCCCCAGAGUCCUUCAGCUCAAACUCCAAAAUCUAAGCAUUUUUGGGUCCUUAGCAGAACACGACUUCAAGUCACUGUUGACUGAGUUCACUCGAGCUUGCGAGGCGGCGAAUAUGGGAUCGAAGGCGAAACGCUAGAUUGUCAUUCACCUCCCCAAAUGGUGUCGCGCUUUAUGAUUGGGUUUUCGAGAAUAUUGUUGUCUAAAUGUACAAAUCUGCAACCGCCAUGAACCGAGGGAUGUAGAUGUUUGUAAUGAAUUAAACGUUACUUCUAGGUACCUAGUUUAGGUAGGUAGACAGCAUAAAAAUACCAAUCGAGUAUGAGGAACCUCGGCAAUAAGUCCGAAGAAGCCAUGUAGAUGCUGGAAGCCGAAUCUAAGACACCAGAGGAGAUUUGCAAGCGGUGCGUGCGUGCUUGUGGCCUUAUCUAUCACCACACCAACAGGCGUUGCGAUGCAAAUGCAGUACGCGCGUCUAAUAUUUCUCCCCAUUAGGAAGCAGCAUGAGUAGAUCGACCAAUGAAAAGUGGUAAAAUGAGCAGCCCUCAACCAUGC